GGCACACACUGUGGCACGUGCAGGCGCUGUGAUGUCAAAGUCUCAAUUUUGGAUAUAUCACAUUUUUUUUCUGUUUUUGAGAUCAAGUAUGCAAUUACUCUGAUCAUCACCGUGGCGGAAUUGAACAGCCUUUAACUUGAUAUUCAGGUGGAGAUGGAGAGACUGCGGAUGGAGCAGCCAGGCUGCACAGUUCCCGCUCUUCUGUGCAGGAACCGGGAGAGGAAGAGGAGCAGCAGCAGCAGCCUGCAAAUGAAUCCUAAUGUGAGGAGAUGCUUGAUAUUUUCUCCUACUUCUUCCACCGUACGCAUGGAGGCUCGUUGAUCCCGGAUGCUUCUCCAUCACAGGAUUUUCUUCUUUUUUUUAAACUUCUUCGGACCCAGCCCCAGCGUCGCCAAUCGGCUUCCCUCUUGGAGAGAGUGGACCAAUCAGCGUCAGUCUUCGAUGAAUAUUCAUGAGUCCGAGAUUCAAACCUUUGAGCGAGUUUGUGUUGGUCCACAGCAUCAUACCUAGGACUUUUCACAGGGACAAACUGCAUUUUCUUAUGAAUGGAAAGAGAAAAAAUCAGCGCGGCUUAAAUUGGGACUCGUCCUUCACUGAGAUCAUAGACGGAAAACAACAAAAGCGAGACGAGGGCAACCGCCAGAAGAGAUGACAAUGACUACAAUUCCAGAAAGUCUUAAUAGCCCUGCCUCAGGAAAAGCAGUUUUCAUGGAGUUUGGACCCCCGAGUCAACAAAUGUCGCCUUCCUCCAUGUCGCAUGGACACUACCCCAUGCACUGUUUACAUUCUGCAGGUCAUACCCAGCACGACAGCUACAGUCCAGGCUCAUCGUUCCCCAGAUCUUUGGGUUAUCCAUACGUCAACUCCGUCGGCAGCCAUUCUACAAGUCCAUAUCUGAACACAGUACAGACCUACCAAAACAGCUCGGCUCUCACACAGACGCGGUUAGAGGACACAGCGCCAGAGACAGAGAAAAACACGGUGGUGGAAGGCGGAGAAGUGCGAUUUAACGGCAAAGGGAAGAAGAUCAGAAAACCCAGGACUAUCUAUUCGAGUUUACAACUUCAAGCUCUGAACAGAAGAUUUCAACAAACUCAGUAUUUGGCGUUACCGGAGAGAGCGGAACUGGCAGCGUCGCUGGGUCUCACUCAGACACAGGUGAAGAUCUGGUUUCAGAAUAAGCGAUCUAAAUUCAAGAAACUCAUGAAGCAAGGAGGCGGCACAAUUGACGCCAGUGCUUUGGCCACUGGCCGUGGACUUUCGAGCGGCUCUCCGUCGGUGGCACCUGUGUGGAGCUCGCCGACUACAGUGAAGACGUCAGUGGGCACGACCGGAUCAUACAUUCCCAGCUACACCUCAUGGUAUCCAACCACACACCAAGAGUCUAUGCAACAGUCACAGCUCAUGUGAACACGGACCUCAGCCCGCGACUCUGCUCGUGCGUGGCUCGUGUGUCAAGAUGGUGAAGGAAGGCGCUCACGACCUCGCAGCGCGGCACAGCACUGAUAACGCACAACACCAAACCCGGGGUUUGAUUGCCGCGUGGCGCCAGCUCACACCGUGACCUCCUUAAACCGGAUGACAGACAGCAGCAAAGAAGAAGAAGAAGGAGGAGAAGAAAAAUAAAGCAGCAGAGACUGAAAAAGCGCACAGUGUGCGCCAAAGGGCAACACGCCUAGUCAGCGGAAAUCGUGGACAAAUGGAUCUCUCUUUUUUGGCUGCUAUUUAUCACUUUUGUGUCGGUUUUCGUUUGCUUCUGUUUUUUUUUUUUGGAAAAAACAUAUGUGUGUGAGUUAUUCUGUUGUUGCGCUGUAGGCGUCAUGUUUAUGAUAAAACGUGUUUGUUUACGCCUGAAGUCCAGAUGCCCGAGGCGACAAAGGCCUAAAAAAUGUAUCAAUCUGCAUCCACCAAAGGUUAAUUAGGCCGCAGGGAUGUUGUAAGCAGUGGCGCAGACACUUCAGGGACUCAAAUAAAAAAGGGACACCCCCUCAUCAUUAUUAAUCGGCAAAAAAAAAUAUUACAGUGAAAAAGCUUGUACCUAUUUAUUUAUUUCAAUAAACAUAAACUCAUGCAGAUGUUGAAUAGGUUUCUUAAAAAUUGAUGAUAUGAUAAAUAAAUAUAGAAUUUGAACAAAAAUGUCUUUCAAAAGGGGGGUCCUUACCUGGUGAUUGGACAAAAGGGACAGGUGCUUAAACACCACCUGAGAUGUCUCGUGUGCACGUCCACGGCUCUAACAUCUGAAACAUUAUCUACACGUCACACACCAGCACAUUCAGCCACAGAGCAUAUUAUAUCGUUCAAAAGCCUCAAAUUGCUACUAUGUUGUUACUACGUGUUUGUUAUUUAAGUUUAAAUUAUUAUCCUGGCCUCCUUUUGUUCCAUGUCUGUGUUCCUUUUGUAAGUGUGUGUUUUUUGAAAUAACAACACUGUGUUGUUGGAGCUGCACUAAUGCAAGCGACGCUUUUUCUAUGCCGUGCGACGAUGUUCUGUGAAAAAUGUAAACGGCCUGACGAAGUUGCUGCUUUAGAAAAAAAAAUAUCCCGAGGGUGAGAGCAGCUCAUGUGUCACUGUAUUUUGUACAUAAUUUUCAGAUUUUUUUGUUUGUUUUUGUUUUGUGCUGUAUACUGGAUACGCUGUGAAACAGGGUUUUAGGCUUUCUUUAUGUGUCGAGAUGUGUUUAGUCAAAAUAGAGGAUAUUUAGUUUUGUAUUGAUCACUUUAAUUUAUUGAUCUGUUUCUGAAGGUUGUGUACAUCAUGUGCAAAGUUUCAAAAGCAGUAAAAAAAAAUAUGAUUUCAA